AUGCUGCGCUUCCUGGUGUUCGCAACCCUAGUCCUUUAUGGACACAGCACCCAGGACUUUCCGGAAACCAAUGCCCGCGUAGUCGGAGGGACAGAGGCCGGGAGGAAUUCCUGGCCCUCUCAGAUUUCCCUCCAGUACCGGUCUGGAAGUUCCUGGUAUCACACCUGUGGAGGGACCCUCAUCAGACGGAACUGGGUGAUGACAGCUGCUCACUGUGUGGAUUACCAGAAGACUUUCCGCGUGGUGGCUGGAGACCAUAACCUGAGCCAGAAUGAUGGCACUGAGCAGUCCGUGAGUGUGCAAAAGAUCGUGGUGCAUCCAUACUGGAACAGCGAUAACGUGGCUGCCGGCUAUGACAUCGCCCUGCUACGCCUGGCCCAGAGCGUUACCCUCAAUAGCUAUGUCCAGCUGGGUGUUCUGCCCCAGGAGGGAGCCAUCCUGGCUAACAACAGUCCCUGCUACAUCACAGGCUGGGGCAGGACCAAGACCAAUGGGCAGCUGGCCCAGACCCUGCAGCAGGCUUACCUGCCCUCUGUGGACUACACCAUCUGCUCCAGCUCCUCCUACUGGGGCUCCACUGUGAAGAACACCAUGGUGUGUGCUGGUGGAGAUGGAGUUCGCUCCGGAUGCCAGGGUGACUCUGGGGGCCCCCUCCAUUGCUUGGUGAAUGGCAAGUAUUCUGUCCAUGGAGUGACCAGCUUUGUGUCCAGCCGGGGCUGUAAUGUCUCCAAGAAGCCUACAGUCUUCACCCGGGUCUCUGCUUACAUCUCCUGGAUAAAUAAUGUCAUCGCCUCCAACUGAACAUUUUCCUGAGUCCAACGACCUUCCCAAAAUGGUUCUUAGAUCUGCAACAGGACUUGCGAUCAAAAAGUAAAACACAUUCUAAAAGACUAUUGAGCCAUUGAUAGAAAAGCAAAUAAAACUAGAUAUACAUUA